AUGUUCAUAUCUUGUUUUAAUGUUUGUCUUAUUUUGUUCGUUGUAUUCUCUCAAUUUGAUAAAGUGUCUUCACGUCAUUUUAUAGAAAGAUGUGGUAUCAAGAGUUCUUUGAAUAUCGUUGGUGGUCGUGCAGCCAACCCUGGAGAGUGGCCCUGGCAAGCUUCGUUACAAAUAAGGGAUAAAUAUACAAGGGAAUAUCAGCAUUUCUGUGGUGCAGUGUUAAUUGGAGAAUAUUGGGUAGCAACGGCUGCUCAUUGUGUAAUUGAUAAAAGACAGAGUGCAUUGUCAGUGUUAUUGGGAGCUCAUCAUCUCAAUACUUUAGAUGGUCAAGAGGUCCGAAUUGGUAUCAGCACAAUAAUAACACAUCCAUACUAUGUUGAUUCAGGAAACUAUCCCAGUGAUUUAGCUUUAAUCAAAUUAAGUGAUCCAGUGGAAUUAGCCGAUGGACUAGUGCGAGAAGUGUGUCUUCCUUCAGCCUCAGAUGAAGUUGUAGGCGACUGCUGGGUGACGGGUUGGGGAGUAACAUUACAGGAUGACGGUGAUUAUUUACAAGAAUUAAAAAGUGAUGUGGUAAAUAACACCCACUGUAAAGAUUUAUGGCAUGGUUAUAUUCGAGAUGAUCAUGUUUGUGUCGGAUUGGGUAAUACUGGUGCUUGUAGGGGUGAUUCUGGUGGUCCUUUGGUCUGUAGAAAGAAUGGAAGAUAUCAGCUUGCAGGAAUAACAUCAUGGGGAGAGGAAACAUGCACAAAGAAAGGCUAUCCAAAUAUCUUCACUAGAGUAUCGUCAUUCGUUGAUUGGAUCAAACAUACUAUAAGAGCGUAUUCCACUAAUUAA